CACAGAAGCGAUGCAUGGAUUGCCAUGCCGCGAAUUCCUGGUGUACAUUCGGCCAUGCACUACGUGUGUCCUGCGCUGCAGAUACCUCUGGUCGCCGCGGUAUGCGUUGGUGACACUGACACCUUUGAACUAAGCCAUCUAUGCGAUGCAGAUUUAGAGCCAACCCUGAUCCUGAACUCGGCGUGUCGGACGUACUCGUCACAUGACACGGCCGAUCCUCCAUCCUCGGCUCAUGUCUUCCGGCGCUGGAAACCCUCGAUGGCCGAGAAUGUCUGUGGUAUCCCGUUCUUAUGUAUGGGCACGCCACCCACUCUUUGGAUUGCUAUGUCGGCCAUCCUUCACCAACGACAUACGUGGGGUCUGCCGCAUCCUGUAAUUGGCGUUCUUCACAGCCCUUCUUCGACUGAGAUCUCCUUUGUAUUUGGUUGGUACACAGAGAAUUACACAGAACAUAAUUUUGUAAGUAAAAGCACGCCUUCUUCAAUACUCACCUUCUCAUGAUAGCCUCCUC